AUGGGAUCUAUUGGCGAAACCACCACGAGCCCCCCGCCGGUCCCCGUCACGGGGAAGCAAGAUGAAAGCCACGACGAUACCGCCUCGUGGACCGCGGAAGUUGCGAAUGGGCACUCUCAUGGUCGCGAAUCAAUCACGAUCCCGAUGCAUAAUGUGCCGGCCUUCACGCCCAGCAAGAAACUUCGCGUCGUGACCAUUGGUGCGGGCUACUCGGGCAUGAUCUUUGCGCACAAGCUACAGUAUACCUACGCCAAAGAGUUUGCCACGCUCGUUGAGCACACCAUCUUCGAGAGCAAGUCCAACGCCGGCGGCACCUGGAUCGCAAACAGCUACCCGGGCGUGCAGUGUGACGUGCCGAGCCAUAUCUACGUCUUCCCCUUCGCCCCGAAUCCCGAGUGGUCGCAUUUCUACUCGACGGGCCCCGAGAUCAAGGAGUACUUCCAGAAGACCGUCGAGGAGUGGAAGCUAGACCGGGACGUCCAGUUCAACACCACCGUCGAGCACGCCGAAUGGAACGAGGACAAGGCGCAAUGGAAGCUCGAGGUGAGGCACAAGGACACGGGUCACCGGACCGAAUGGGCCGACGUAUUGAUCUCCGCCAGAGGUAUUCUCAGUCAUUGGAAGUGGCCGAACAUCGCAGGGCUGCACACCUUCAAGGGCCUCAAGGUCCAUAGCGCCGGCUGGAACCAUGAAUAUGAUUACCGCAACAAAAGAAUUGGCCUGAUCGGCAACGGAAGCAGUGCCAUCCAGAUUCUGCCCGAAAUGGCCAAGCUGGAGGGCACCAAAGUGACGUGCUUCCAGCGAUCUCCCACCUGGGUGGUCUCUCGACACACUCCCGCGAAGCUCGUCGGCAGCGACGACCCCAGCUACAACCCGGUCUACCGCGAGGUGGACAAGGAGCGGUUCCGCGACCCGGACGAGCUCAAGAAAUACCGCAAGCUCAUCAUCGGGAACGUCAACCGCGGGUUCCGCAUCUUCGGGAAGGGCUCGAAGCAGCAGGAGGAGAUCAAGGCCUUUGCCACCAAGCAGAUGGCCGACAAGCUCAACAACGACCCUCGGCUGUGCAAGAUGCUCAUCCCGGACUUUGAGGUCGGGUGCCGCAGGAUCACCCCGGGCGCCGGCUAUCUCGAGUCCUUCACGAGGGACAACGUAUACCUGACACAGAGCCACAUCGACUACAUCGAUGAAGGCGGGAUCAAGACCAAGGACGGCCAAUACUACGAGCUGGACGUGGUCAUCUGCGCGACGGGUUUCGACGUGUCCAACCGCCCGCCGUUCCCCAUCGUUGGGCGCAACGGAAUCGAGCUGGGAGAGAAGUGGAAAGACGAGCCUGAAUCAUAUCUGUCGAUGGCCUGUCCCGAAAUGCCCAACUAUUUCAUGUUCAUGGGCCCCAACGCCACGAUCGGCCACGGGUCGCUCAUCUACAGCCUGGACUGGACGGCCGAGUGGAUGAUCCAGUGGCUGCGCAAGAUGGCCCGGGAGGACAUUGGGUCGAUCGCGCCCCAGCAGCAGGUCGUGGACGAGCUGGUCCGCUACGGGGACGAGAUCAUGAAGACGCUGACCUGGACGGGGAACUGUCGCUCGUGGUACAAGAACAACCGGAUCGACGGGCGCGUGACGGCCACGUUCGCCGGCAGCGCGAUGCUCUUCCACGACAUGGUCGAGCGCAUCCGGCCCGAGGACUUCGACAUCCGCUACCGCGCGCCCAACAGGUUCCGCUUCAUGGGCAACGGCUUCACCCGCUACGAGCUCGAGGACGGCGCCGAUCUGUCCUGGUACGUGGAGAAGUAG